AUGGAAAGCGAUCUGACAACAGCCAUGGAAAAAUUACUCGGCUCAGCUGGCAGUAGUGCCAAGGUUUUGGUCAGUGAGGAGUUAGAUGCCGAACUAACAAAUCACGAAAAGCUUCUACUCGGCUGGAACGACACGAUCAAGGGGAUGGUAGCACUUAGUUUAAUCGAUCAAAACCUCUUGCCACCUCAAUGGCUAGCAUUGAUGGAAUUCCUCCAGUCAAUUUCUAAUUGA